AUGUCUUCUGCUUCAAUCAAAUUCCUUGUCUUCUCAGCACUUUUCAUCAAUCAAGCUUUGGCUUGUGAUUCUUUGGUUUCGGAAGGACGUGAGUAGUUAGCCUAUAUCUCUUUAUCCUUGAAAAUAAUUAUUUAGCAUGUGACGGAAGUGUUUUACUUUGUCCAACUCAAAUUUGUGAUACUGCUGCUGGCCAAUGUUGUCCGGCUUCAACUACCACAGUUUCAACAACCACCGCAACAUCUUGCUCAGACCUCCUCAACCCAUCAACCGGAGUUUCUGAUUGCCCAAAGAGAGCCUAUCUCUGUAACGAUACUGUCUACUAUGACGUCAUGACUGUGCAAUGUCCAAAAACUUGUGGAAGAUGUUCUAGUGUGUCCACCACUAAAUCAACAGUUUGCGCGGAUCUUUUGCACCCAGUAACUGGUGUUUCUGAUUGUCCAAGCAGAGCUUAUCUUUGUAAUGAUUCGGUUUAUUAUGAUGUGAUGACUGUUCAAUGUCCAAAGACUUGUGGAAGAUGUCCAUCGACCUCAACAUCUACUUCGACUUCGACUUCGACUUCAACAACUGAAGCAACAUCUACCACAUAA